ACUUUUGGUUCCCCUCGCUUUUCCUCACCUUCUCAAGGCUCUUCUAUAUGCAUGGAGACUCCUCUAUAAAUACCCACAAACCAUUGAGGCUUCAAUCACAGAAACUUCAAAGUUUUUCUUCAUAUUUCAAUCGGUGUGUAGAAGUUAAUUUGUUCCUUGAAAGUGAAAAAAUGGCUUUGACUCAGUACAUGAGCUUCUUCAUUGCUCUUUCUCUCCUUGCUAUUGCACCCACUAGCCUCUCUAGCAAGACCAGGGGAGGUUAUCUUUAUCCACAGUUUUAUGACCAUUCAUGCCCUAAAGCUCAAAAAAUUGUUUAUUCCACUGUUGCCAAGGCUGUUGCCAAAGAAACUCGUACGGCUGCCUCCUUGAUUAGGCUCCAUUUCCAUGAUUGUUUUGUCAAGGGCUGUGAUGCAUCAAUACUGUUAGACAACAGUGGGAGCAUAGUCAGUGAGAAGAAUUCCAACCCAAACCGGAACUCAGCUCGCAGAUUUGAAGUUCUUGAUGAGAUCAAGUCUGCACUGGAGAAAGAAUGCCCUCACACUGUAUCUUGUGCUGAUAUUUUGACUCUGGCUGCUAGAGAUUCUAGUGUUCUAACUGGUGGUCCUAGCUGGGAAGUUCCACUGGGAAGGAGAGACUCCAGAGCUGCAAGCUUGAGUGGAUCUAAUAACAACAUUCCUGCACCAAACAACACAUUCCAGACUAUUCUAACCAAGUUCAAGCUGCAAGGCCUUAAUAUUGUUGAUCUUGUAGCACUUUCAGGAAGCCACACAAUUGGAAAUUCGAGGUGCACCAGCUUCAGGCAGAGACUAUACAACCAGACAGGAAAUGGGUUGCCUGAUUCCUCUCUUCACCCAUCAUAUGCUGCUCAAUUGCGCACCAGGUGCCCACGGUCUGGUGGUGAUCAGAACCUGUUCUUCUUGGACUUUGUCAGCCCAACCAAGUUUGAUAACAGCUACUUCAAGAACCUAUUGGCUUCAAAGGGACUGCUAAGCUCUGAUCAAGUUCUUGUGACAAAGAAUGAGGCAUCAAUGGAGUUAGUGAAGAAAUAUGCAGAGAACAAUGAGCUUUUCUUCGAGCAGUUUGCCAAGUCCAUGGUUAAAAUGGGAAACAUCUCUCCCCUGAUAGGUUUCUGGGGAGAGAUUAGGAAAAAUUGCAGGAAGGUCAACAGUUAAAAAUCUAUGAUGAUUAUGAGGAAAUAAUCUGCUGAAUGCAAUUUGCUUUUAUCGUAUUAGUACAUUUUGGUUUCUUUA